GUCUAUGCGGAGCCUCAAUUCCUGUACCAAGCCCCCGACAUCGCCCUCUUCGACAAGAUCUCGGGAACCACGACCUUCUACGACUCGGCCUGCGGAGUCCCUCUCUUCAAGGCACCGGUGAACAGGAGCAUGGCCGAUUUCAAGGCCGACACAGAUGAGCAUGGCUGGCCUUCGUUUCGUAAGGAGGAGGUGUUCUCUGAGCAUGUGUCGGUUGACAAGAAUGGCUUCGUUUAUUCCUCUUGCGGCACGCAUUUGGGAAGCUACUUGCCCGACAGCGCCGGGCCGAGGUAUUGCAUGGACCUAUCCUGCAUCGCAGGCAAUCCGGUCGAGCAGAUCAUGGUUUGA